CAACACGUGGGAUACGGUCCUCACUCAUCUUGUCCUAAGUUUUCCCAUAUCUUUCCUUUCCAAGCAAAGCCCCUUGACUCACCCAAAAAAAAAAACAGUUAUUUAUUUAGUUCAAGAAAAAACGGUGGUAGUUGUGUUUUUUUGAGUUGCUGGUGAUCACUGCCGGAAAAAAGACAACGGUGGGGAAGAUGGGGGACCCCAAAUCUGAUGACUGGUUACCGGAAGGUUGGAGGGUAGAAGUUAAAGUGAGAAAUAAUGGUAAAAAAGAUAAGUUUUACUUUCCUCCCUCGGGUGGAUGUAGAUUCAACUCCAAGAUUGAGGUUUCUCGUUAUCUCAACGGCAGCCAUCCUAAUUCUGAACAAAAGGUUCUAAUUGAGAAGACUGUGCCAGAAGGGUUACCUCUGGGAUGGACCCAGGAAAUCAAAGUGACAAAGAAGGGUGGAAGAAUCAGAAGAGACUCGUUGUAUACUGACCCUGUUAGCGGGUAUGUUUUCCGCUCCAUGAAGGAUGCAUGUCGCUACAUUGAAAGUGGUGUCGUAGGAAGGCUGGCAUUCAAGCGAAACGAUAGAGAAAACCAUGAUGUAGAGUUGGAAGAUGAUAAAACUUUUUCACCAGCUGUAGCUGAGAAAGAAGGGUCGGAAGUCCAUGAAAAACAGAAUCCAGUUAUAGGUGACCAGAGCUUGAAGUCAUGUGAAAUUGCUAAAGAUGAUCAGACACUCACUUCAGUCUCUACAGGAGAGUGCAUAACUGGCUCUGAACGUACAUCUGAUCAGUUUAUGUCUGUAGCCAAGAGACAAAAUGUGGAAGUCAACAGAGUACCAAGUCCAAUUGUCAGUGACCAGAGCCUGAAGUCUUUCGAAAUAGCUAAAGAUGAACAGACACUUAAUUCAGCCUCAGCAGGGGAAUGCACAACUGUCUCCGACCAUGCUUCUGAUCAGUGCGUCUCCAUAGCCAAGAAACAAAAGUUGGAGGUCGAUGGAACAUCAAGUCAAAUUGUAAGUGACCAGACCUUGAAGUCAUGUGAAAUUGCUAAAGAUGAACAGGUACUUGAUUCAGCCUCUACAGGAGAAUGCACAGCUAUCUCGAAGCGUACUUCUGAUCAGUUUGUCUCUGUAAUCAAGAAGCAAAAACUGGCUGUCAACAGAACACCUAGUUCUAUUAUAAGUGACCAGAGCUUGAAGUUGGGUGGAAUUGUUAAGGAUGAACAGAUACUAAAUUCAGCCUCUGCAGGAGAAUGCACAAUUCUCUCCAAGCAUACUUCUGGUCAGUGUGGAGUAGGAACAGAAUCAAGCAGCUCAGAAUUUCUUGAGGAUAAGGGUUCCAACCAAACAGAAGAGAAGAGUGAUUCUGUUAAGGCUGAAGAUCCUUUGCAAGCUGUUCUACAGGAUAAACCAUCAGUGGAAGUUGGGGAGACAAAAAAGGAAAGUAAAAAGACUGGAGUUAGAAAAUCCAGGAAGAAAACUGAUCUUAACCUUCCUCGUCGGGCCUCGAAGCGUCUUGCUGGCAUUCCACUAGCUCCAACACCAGAACUGAAGGCAGCAACUCGGGCUCGUCGAGCUGCACUUGAACCAAGUAAUGAGAUCGUUGCUAGUACAAGUGAGCAGGCUUCUUGUGGUGACCCUGAUACUGAGCUGAAUACAAAGCAUGCAUUUGAAUCCUCCAAAAGCACAGAAAUACCGGUGGAUUCAAAUGAGAGCAAACAUGCUAUUGUGGAUGUGGAGCAUGCUGGAAAGGCAGGAUCAGGAAAGCAGGGGGACAAGAAGCAUCAAUAUGAUGUUGCUUCCCCUCCUGGGAACCUCGCCACUGGAGAACAUGCUGGAAAGAUUGAAACUUACAGUACUGGUGAUGAGAAGCAAGGACUGCCAUUUGACCUGCCACUUGAGGAGUUAUGGCAAGACCCAUGCAUUGCCUUUGCAAUAAAAACUCUCACUGGAACAUCCGUUGAUGAUUCUGAUAGCAUUAAAGUGUCACCAGGAUCAAGCAACAAUGAAUUUGUGGGCAUGGCUACUUUGGACAACCAUGCUGGCAAGGAAGACAUUGGGAAUAAUGGAAAUCUGUCUAUUCUAGAGGAACAUGCUAGAGCGGUUGGAACUAGCAAUAAGUCUGAUGAGAAGCCAGUAUCUCCUCUCGUCUUACCUUUUGCAGAUGCAUGGUCAGACCCCUGCAUCGAAUUUGCAAUAAAAACUCUCACUGGUGCUCUUCCAUUGGACUUUGAUAUGGUUCAGGAUUACCUUCCGCCGCAAGUUAGGUCUUCGCAGCCGCAAGAAAGUAGAGGCUUCACCUUGCCAAAUGUAGGUGAGUUUCGCCAAACUGAAUUUUUGUGCCAGCAAUUUGGCACUUCAGAGAAGCCAUCAUUUAAUCAAGCAGCUUUGGUAGGGCCUGCAUUGCCACACACUAAACAUGUUAAUUUAGGAUACGCAGCUGCAGCUGGACCUAGUCGACGCCUACAUAGUGAAGAGAGAAGCAAUAAACGUCGAAGAUAAGCAGUCCCCUGUGAUUCAAUUGUACAGAUCAGGGAACUUUUCUGGAUGUGAUUAUAUUUUUCAGACUAAGAUCAUCCCAAGUUCUCUUGUUAGUUGUACCGAUUCACCCUUGUGCUAGUGUAGUUGUAAUCAAAUUUUAACUCGAUGACUGUUGUAACUGUUAGAAAUUUUCUAGUGUAGUUGUCCAUUGUGGGACUGUUGUUGCAUGUAA